AUGGAUCUAGGUUCUGGUGAUGCAAUUUCCACCAGAGACACCAAGAGCCUCACAGGCUACAUAUCCAACUUACAACCCCCGCCACAGAAAGCCAAGGUGCACGACGAAUUGCUCUUCAUCAACCAGCAUUAUGAUCGAGCCAGACAGGGACCCAGUCGCCGUAUCAUUGGCUCUCACGUCCAACGACAUAUCCAUAAAAGGAAACGUCUGAACUCGAGCCUCAGGUUAAGCUCCAAAUCUGAGCAUUCUCAGCUGGAAAUAAAACUUCCUAAAAGCACCCUUCCCGACCCAAUUUCUUUUCAUAAAGACGACUCUACUAGCACGUCGGAGACCGACAUUGGGAUAUGGACUGCAUCAGAAGCGAAUUUCCAAGAACACAAUUCAAUUUGCCAAGAGCCACCCUCGCAUCAGGCCGAAGCACCUGGGCCGUAUGACGCGACUCUCCUACCGACUAAACUCCCAAGAGAUAGACAUGGCUUUCGGUAUGACCCUUUUAACUCGUACCCAAUUGAGUUCCGCGAAAGUAUACCUGCCGCGAUAGACUACUUCCUCCACUACUAUGUUCCCUUCCAUAAAAUUCGCCCUGACAUCUUCACGCCCGAUGGCGGAAUGCGAAUCGUGAGGAGUUAUUUUCGCUAUUCUCUACAACAUCCGUUGAUGUUCGAGACGAUAGUGACGUUAUCCCGGGCACGGUUGGCCCUCAACAACUUUCCUCAAGGUCAAGUCGACCAUCUCACCAUGUACCAUUAUGGACAAUGUCUUGGAAAGCUUCGGAAGCUCGUGGAUGAUGGCGAGUCCGACUUGGAAGAUGCGACGCUAUUUGCAAUCCUAGCAUUGAUAUGUGUUGAGUACAUCAGGAAUGACCUCGUGGCAUUCCAGGUUCACCUCCACGCACUGAGGAGGAUUGUUUCAAGUAGGGGCGGCGUCGAUGCUUUGGGUUGGCCCAAGCUGUUGAGACCAAGCAUCGUCAGUCUCGAGUACUUUUGGUCUGAUUUUUGCCAGCAGACAGACCCUGCGAACUCGACUCGGCCAGUUCUCGAGAUUCUCACACCAGGAGAGCUGAUCGACUCCAUACCCUCCGGUUUCCGACUCCUGGCUUUGCAGAAACGGCUCCGGUCGGACAUCAUCGUGCUUCUGAGCAGAGUUCGGGAUAUGCACCUUCCGACCUCGAAUGAAGACUCUCAUGACGACGAUCCCACGACAACAAAAUGGCACGAAGUAUCGAGCCCACGUGAUGAUACGAACAUUCCACGCAUGGCCACAGAUUCAAGUCUAUUGGUUGUGCAGUAUUGUCAAAAGCUCCUGGGCGAAGUAGGUUUAUCAAAAAUCGAGCGAGCUUGUUGUAUUGCACUUCUCAUGACCCUUCUCGCGGGAUCCUCCGACGAGCCAUGCUGGGAGAUCUCUACCCAGAACAUUGAAAAAUACAUACAUGAGCUGAUGCCUAUUUCCCUGGAAGAGCAUGACGAACACGCCGCAAAUCUUCUGGCUUGGGUAUGUCUCAGCACUGCGACGGUCGUGAUCUCGCCACGCGAGAAUACGCCAGGUUCACCCUUUGAAUGUGAGCCCAUUUGCUGGAGUAUACUCGAGAAGGUCGUUCUCUAUUUCUGUCGGUCGAGAUCUUUGGGCGGCACCAAAGUGAUCAUGAGACGAUUCAUCUUGACCGCUGCAUGUGAGAAGGUGCUCGAAAGUGCCUGGAAUGGUAAGGAUCGGCCUCUGCUAUCUUAA